GGUGGGCUAACCGGCUAACCCCAACACAAUAUUCCCUCACGAAUAUUGCUUUGUCACUUUGAAAUCACUAUCCAGUGCAAGCAUAUGAGCCACAAGUAUUGUGAAAAUACCUUUCACCUCUCCCGCUUUUGCUCUUUUAGCGUUUUCUGACGCUUUCAACGCCGAGGGGUGCCGGUGACGUCACAGCCGAAGCGAAGUGAGCAGACAACAAACAGCAGCGACAACCUAAAAAAGAGAAAAACAACGGAUUUUAAGGAAAAAGGAUCAGUUUGAGGUUGGAACUUUCUUGGGCGAAUGGAGAACAUCCAACGGGAUCUCCAUGGAGUUCUCUUUAAAGCACUGAUCUAGCGCAGGCUUUGGCAGGCAUUGUUCUGCUUCCCAUUCGUUAAAUUAAGCAACGAAAGGGUUGCACAGGGAUGCCGGUAGUGUCACCAGUCAUACUUCAUCAGUAAACCAACUGAUAAUCAUGGGAGUACAUGGACUGUGGAAAUUACUGGAGGCAGCCGGGAAGCCGGUCCCCUUGGAAACGUUAGAGAACAAAGUUUUAGCUGUCGAUGUUUCUAUUUGGCUGCAUCAAAUGAUGAAGGGGUAUCAAGAUUCCCGUGGCGCACCUCUGCCAAAUGCACACCUUCUUGGCUUAUUCCAUCGUGUCUGCAAAUUACUGUUUUACCGAAUAAAGCCUGUCUUUGUUUUUGAUGGUGGUGUGCCCCUUCUGAAAAAACAAACCAUUGCUGCCCGAAAGAAAUUGAAGAGUCAAGCCACCAAUAAUGCAGCUGAAGCCAAAGAGAGAUUGCUCAAAAUCCUUGUGAAACGAAAAGCUAUACGUCAUAUUCUUGGCGAUCCAAGUGCCCCUACUGAAGCAACAGCUGAUGAUGGAUCGAAAGAUGAUAUGUUUCAUCUCCCUCCUCUCCCGAGUGAAGAAAUGGGCAGUUCAGAUGAUGAAACGAACAACAAACUACAGUCAUUUAUGGAGAGCAGCAUGUCAGAUGAUGACAGCGAAUCUGAAACGAAACCUACUUCACAGCAGAUACAUGGCAUUAAAUUUGAUUUGCAUUCUCUGGACGUUAACAGUGAGGAGUUCCUCUCACUUCCCCCAGAUGUUCGACAUGAUAUUCUCAGUGAUCUGAAAGAAACUCGCAAACAGAACUCAUGGGGGCGGCUCCAUGAAAUGCCAGAGGAAUCUGGAGAUUUUUCAAAUUAUCAGCUAGGCCGCCUCUUGAAACGACGUAAUGUACAAGUGUCUUUGGAGCAAGCUGAAAAGGAAAUGGGAGGAAAAGUCAUGAGGAUGAGUGAACUUCAAGAGUUGAUGGCUGCCCAAGGUGUUGAUAUCAUAGAAGAUAAUCCCAUGCUAGAUAAUGCUUCUCACAGGAUCGCAUCAGAUUCCACAACACGAUUUGUUCUUUGUAAAGAGCCUGGUCCUGCACCACAAAGCUCGCUGAGUGCUGAAAACUCUAUUUCUGCAGAUAUUGUUUCUGCGGAUAUCGCAAAUGCCAAAACAGAAGAUAACCCAUUGUACAAUGAGCAAGUCGAAUUCAUUGCUCAGAUGGCUGAAAAUAUGAUUCAGAAACUGACCAAAAAUAAAGAAAAGCCAAAGUUAGAUCCUGAGGUUGCUGCAAAAGAUAUUGUAGGCAAGAUGCUGACCAGUGAUGAGUCAGCACCAGGUCCCAGCCAGAGCAAGGGCACUGCUGACAUUAAAAUUUUGGCAGAUAGUUGGUCCUCUGAUGAUGAGUCUGUAGCUUCUGAUAAACUGGGAAAGGGAUCAUCUAUAAUAAAAACUGAAUUGCCUGAAGAGGAUGUCAAUGAAAUUAAGGACUCUGCUUCCCCCUCCAGUACCAUGGAUGAGGCAAUGGAGUCUGACUCCAAUGAUUCGGACGAUAGAGAGUCAAAGUUUGAAGUAAUUGAUUUUGAGGCAGAAACAAAGGAAAUGACAAAUCCAAGUGUUGCAAGUGCAAAAGAUGUACAAAUCUUGAAUGGAAACAAGGAGACGCUGGAAAUAGUCAUACGUCCUGAUGAAAGUCCAGAUGAUGAUGAUAUUUUUGCAGAUGUAUUUCAAAGUAAUCUUGAAAAGAAGGACCAAAAUCCGGUUAUUUCUAUGGCUGCAACAAAACCUGAAGAGAAGAAAAAGAAAAUCGAAAUAAUUAUAGACCCUACACACAAGCCUGACGAAAAUGAUUUAUUUGCAGAUGUUUUUCAAACACCUGUUAGUUCUGUGAAAGUAACAGAAUUAGAUGCUGUGGAUAAUACUAAACCACCAUCCAGAGACAUAGAAAUUAUUUCAGUUAAUAAAGACAAGAGGGUUCCUGAACAAGAUCUAAUUGUUGAUGCCCAUAUCAAUAAAACUGUUAAAGUCAAAGAGGAACAAAUGGAUGAUCCUAUGGAACAGGAUUUUGAUCGAAAUGAGUCAUCGGAUGUAGAAUCUUCAGAAUCAAAUGUAGCAGAUGAUUCACCUGCAGUCAAUUCAAGUACCGCGCCUUCAUCAUCAUUUUUGAAACCACCAACAUCUUUAGAAUUAAAUGAAAUGGAGGCAUCACUUCAAGUGGAACAAACUGAGCUGCAAAAGGAGAGAGGGCGUCAGGAAAGACUUGCAGCCAGCAUAACAGAUCAAAUGUGUGUGGAAGCACAGGAGUUACUUCAAUUGUUUGGGGUACCCUACCUUGUUGCCCCAAUGGAAGCUGAAGCGCAGUGUGCGUUUCUUGAUUCUAUUUCUUUGACAGAGGGUAGUAUAACUGAUGAUAGUGAUAUUUGGUUGUUUGGUGGUAAAAAAGUGUACAAGAACUUUUUCAAUCAGAAUAAGCACGUACUCCAGUUCACAUCGUCUAACAUUAACCACUACUUCAAACUUUCUAGAGAGCAGCUAAUCCAACUAGCACUGUUGGUAGGGAGUGACUACACCACAGGUAUCCAAGGAAUAGGUCCUGUUACUGCUCUAGAAAUUGUGGCAGCAUUUCAGAGCAAAAUGGAGUCUGAUCCAGUGCAGAAUGCUAUCAAGGGUCUGAGUCGCUUCAGAGACUGGUUGAAUUCUGGUCGACCUCAUAAAACACAUAGUUUAGGACUUCUAGACAAAAAGCUUAAAAAUGUGAAGUUUGCUGAGGGUUUCCCAAGUCAAGCAGUUGUUGAAGCAUACAUGCGGCCGUCUGUGGAAGACUCUCAAGAGACCUUCUCAUGGGGAACACUAGAUUUGCCUGCUCUGAGAGAGUAUGCCAGGUCCAAGUUUGGGUGGCCUGUCUCCAAGACAGAUGAAAUUUUACUCCCUGUGUCAAAAAGGUGGAAUGAUAGAGCGAGUCAACGCAAAAUCGACUCCUAUUUUAACUUUCAACCUCAUCUGGUUGAAGGAUUAAGUAAAAUGAGCAAACGAGUGCAAAAGGCAGUUACGCAAAUGGAGGCCGAUGAUAGUGAUAGUGUUGAUGAUCCAGAUCCUAAGCCAUCUACUGCACCCAAGAAAAAGAAUCCAAGACAAAAGCGUCAGGAAGAAACUCAAGGGAAUAAACCAAAGAGAGUUAGAAGUCAAGUCAAAAAGGUUCCAUCAAACAAUGAAUUUGAGAGUGAAAUGGAUUCUGUAAGCGAAAGUCUUAAGCAGAAAACCGUUACUAAAAGUAAAGCUAAGGAGUCUGAAGAACUGCCUGUUAGAGCUCCUACUGUACCUCGGGAGAGAAGCUCUACAGGAGUUAAGCGUGUUGGAGUCAAAUCUGUCAAAGCUACAGAAAGAAAUCCUCUUAUUGACCAAUCAAAACCUUCAGCACCAAAUAAGCCAUCAACUUCCAUUAAAUCUUCCACUGAAAAGCCUACCAGGAAGAAUGUUAGAAGGGCCCCUGUAAAAAGAAAGAAUGCUGCAUCUGACAGUAUUGAAGAGGAAACCCUUGUAGAAAACGAUUCUGAACCAACCAGCUCUCUCCCCCAACCUAGCACCAGUCGUGCACAGAGUCAACUUAGUGAAGCAAGUACCUCUGAGCAGCAACCCUGCUCAAGCCAACACAGUGAUGGUUUUGAAGGCCUGAAUGUGUCCUCAGACCUAGCUGCUCUGUCAGAAAUGAACUGGGAAGAUGAUCCCUGGCACAACCAUGUAUCUGAAGAGGAAACCCGACCAAAAUUGUUUUUUGGUGGUAUUCGGCCGAACAAACCAAGAAAGCCAGCAAGAAGCAGUAGGCAAGUUGUUCCUGCACAGAGCACUGAUACCCGCGGUGUUCGUCCAGGGUGGGUAACUCAGGAGAGAAUGGAAAGCAGAGCAGCUUGGGUUGAUUCAAGUCUUAGGAAGAAAGAAGAAUCAAUACCCCAGCGUGAAAGAGAUCAGAGAGCAUUGGAGGAGGCCAAAAUGAAAGCUAUUGCUUUGGUCAAAGCCACAGAGGCUAAGCAAGCAUCUCGUUUGUUGGGAAGAACUUCCAAGAGAGGCCGUGCAAAGGCCAGGCCAGCUCGUAAGGUUUUGCCUGAGCACAAUUUAUCUGAAAGUAGCAGCGAUGAAUGAAGUUAUUUUCUUUUCUAUAUUACUUUUUUGUAAAAAUUCGUAAAUUUCUUCUGAUUAGCACUAUUGUAAUAAUUUGUGUACUGUAAUGUGAUAAUAAAAUAUUUUUAAGUGUA